AUGAGAGGUGCGGCGUCGGAGGAGGCCGGCUUCGAGGAGGCGAGCGUGGUCGUGCUCGACGAGACGGAGGACGAGCGGAGAGCGAGAGUCAAGGCUGAGAUGGACGCGGCGGUCAUCGGCGACGCCAACUCCAAGGUUGUGCGCCGCUCAAGCUCAUUAGGACUCAUGCUGGCUCUCGCCCCGUGCGUGGUGAGGCCGCGCCAGUUCGGAGCGAGCCCCGUGCUACGCCUGAACGUCAAUCAACAGGCUAUCAUGAUCGCAGGCGCCACGCAGGUCGCACCGGAGCUAGAUACCGCAGAACCGGGCGCCGUCGUGCCGACCGGCGGCGUGAUAACCGAGUCCGCCGCCGUUGUCGUGCCGGCCGCCGCCGCCGUGAUCGAGCCAACCGCCGCUGUGAUCGUGCCGACCGGCGGCGUGAUCGUGCCGACCGGCGUGAUCGAGUUGCCGCCACUAUCGAGCCCGGAUGAAGCCGCCGUGGUCGAGCAUCCACCGGCCCUCCAGCAGCCGUGGUGGCGCGGCGUGAGCAAGCCGAGCAUUUCAGAUGCGGUGCGUCGGUACGGCGGCGCCUACCUCGCGUGCUCCGUCUCGCUGUCGCUCGUGUCCAUCUCCCUCUUCUACGCGCUCGUCUCGGCGGGCAUCAACGUGGCCGCCCUCUUCAGCGCGGUCGGCAUCACUCUCGCCAGCAAGUACGAGCGGCUCGGCACCUUUGGCCUCGCAUACCUCCUUCACAAGGCCGCGUCGCCCGUCCGCUUCCCGCCCACCCUCGCGCUGACCGUCUUCGCGGCGCGGCACUGGGAGAGGUGGCGGCGAGCGCCGGCGUGA